GUCAAAUAUUAAUAUUAAUUUAUUUUUCUUUCAAAUGAAAUGUUUUAAAUUUUUUAAAAAUUGUUAAUGUUCAAGAAAUUAAUUGGGAAGCUGGUUUCCAAAAUGUUUUAAAAAACCGCAAUCACACUUUGUCAACAAUUCGUGUCAGUUAUUCAAUACACCCAUAAGGAAGAACUUUCGAAAAAUCACGAGAACAAGCAAAUUUUUCAAUUAUCGUUCCCAUUUACGUUAAUUGCAAUUGAAUAUUUAUUCAAAUCCUAAUAAGCUCUGAAUUCGUUUGACAUGCAAAUAUAAAAAUGUCUUGAGGUUAUUGUCGCGUCCUUCUACAUACACAUUCGUAUUACAUACCUACUGCAAAAAAAAAGUUAAACAAUUUCAUGUAAGAAAAAGAAACCUAAUUCCAAGUUUACAGGUUGUUUCAAUUGAAAAUAACACGUAAAAAGAAAAAAAAGAAGAAAUUAAAUUCUAGUGGAUUAUCGAUACGACCACCCAAAUCGUCCUUCCGAUUCUACAACUCGACUACAACAACACCAACAAGAAAGAAAAAAAAGCCAACUUCUCUCCUAUAUGCAAAUGAAUACAUUAGGGUUAACAUGGAUGAGUGUGAGUGUUUAUUUGCGCGAACUGUUCUUCUAUGUGCUCAUUUAACGUUUCGUGAUUGAUUUAAGUGCAAAUCGUUAGAAAAAAAGAGUAAAGUGUUGAAAAAAAGUAUAUAAAAAAAGGAAAGAUAUUAAGCUUCAAGAAGGAUAUAAGCAAAAGUGAACAAGUGUUGUUGUUGUUUUUUGUUGUUGUAGUUUUUUUUGGUGUUCGGUAUCGUGAGAAUUUCCGAUGAGUAAAAGUUUCAAAAUCUAGAACGAAAUUCAAUCCUUGAUGUUUUUGUUCGAAAACAAGUUGCAGUACAAAAAGAAAUGGCUUCCAGCAGCAGCAGCAUAUCCCCAACACCAGCACCAAGACCUAAGCCACCACCCUCAUCAUCCACAUUGCCUCAUCCACCACAAUCACAGCCAGCAGCACCAAAAUCAUCAUCAACAUGCCUCCACAGCCACAGCUACAGCUAUAGUCAUAGUCGCCGCUGUCCAACAACAACAACACAACAACAAAACUCAUCAACACCACCCCGACUCCGACCAUCAACAUCAUCAACAUUUUUCCUGCCCGCAACUGCAACGCAUCGAAUUCUAACAAUCAGCCUUUUAAUUGGCGUUCUAUGUUGGCCAACGCAAAUUCAUUGCGUGGAUCCAAAAUUCGAUCCAUCGACACGAAUGCGUUUGGUAUUGGUGCCGGCCGAUGCCCAGGUGGGUUCUGUGAUAUAUCGAUUGCGUGCCACUGACGAGGAGUUCGAUUAUCCUUUGACGUUCGAGCUGGUUGGCGAUGCAUCGGCAUCGACCGUGAAAAUCGAAUCGCUUCCAUGUACAAAGUACAAUUCUGUUUGCCAAGCGAAUGUGAUUUUGCAGCGGCGAUUGGAGCCGGGCAGAUACUAUGACUUCCAGGUGUCGGUUAAGGACACAAAGGGUGGCAUGACAACGCAACGCUGCUCGAUAACAGCAACCAAUUUUACAACACCACACGACCUCAUAUUUCCCCAUAAACCCGGCAUCAUUAUGAUACCAGAGGAUGCCAAAAGAGGGACCGAAUUAGAUUAUGUCAUAUCAAGAAAGAAUCCACAUUUUCCAAAACCAGUCUACCUCGAGCUAUGGGGAUCACCCCUUUUUGCUAUUAGACAAAAGAUUGUCUCACCCGAUACAACAGAGGGAACAAUAUUUCUACUGGGACCACUUGAUUUUGAAAAACAAGCCAUGUAUCAUCUAACAAUAUUGGCCAAUGAUGCUUAUGCUGAGUCCGGACAAGAUAGCAGAAACAUUGCUGGACUUGAGGUUGUUGUGAUUGUGCAAGACGUUCAAGAUCAACCACCUGUUUUUACAAUGGCUCCACCUGUUACGAAAUUACCACCUGGUAUACUUCCUGGUGACAAGAUACUUCAAGUUCAUGCUGAAGAUGGCGAUAAAGGUAAUCCUCGUGAGGUCAGAUACGGUCUAGUCUCCGAAGGGAAUCCAUUUACCUCGUUCUUCGAUAUCAACGAUACCAGCGGUGAAAUAUUCCUUAUGCGACCGUUGGAAGAUAUCGCCGCCAUCACACAUGUGGGUGACCCCGUCCUUCUAACAGUGGUAGCCGAAGAGGUUAAGGUUGGUCGUGAUGAGCCGCCAGCAGCUGCAACAACCGUUCAACUAGCAUUCUUUCUUCCCGAACGUAGCAAUUCACCGCCAUACUUUGAGAUCGAUCACUAUGUGUCACGCGUGGAUGAAAAUGCACCGCAAGGAACUGCACUGACAUUCGUCGAUCCGUAUGUGCCACGAGUCUAUGAUGACGACACUGGCAAAAAUGGCGUCUUCUCCCUCACCCUCCUCAAUAAUAACGGCACCUUCGAGAUAUCACCCAACGUAGCUGAGCGCAGCGCAUCAUUUUUGAUUCGCGUGCGUGACAACAUGCUCUUAGACUAUGAGGAACGUCAUUCGGUUGAAUUUCAAAUACUGGCCCAAGAACUCGGCCCAGCCACCAACCUGUCGGCAAUUGUCAAUGUAACGGUAUACAUUAACGACGUCAAUGAUAAUCCGCCAGUAUUCACUCAGCCCGUUUACACGGUCGAAUUGCCAGAAAAUAUGACAGUUGGCACGAAGGUGGUACAAGUGCAUGCCGACGAUGUUGACACUGGAAUGGGCGGACGUGUCCGCUAUACAGCGAUUUUGGGCUACCUCAACACUUCCCUCAAUUUGGAUGCUGAAAAUGGCAUAAUAACCGUUUCGACCAAUAGUCACGGGUUCGAUAGGGAAAUCAUGCCCGAAUACCAUUUGUAUGUGGAGGCUCGUGACAGCGAUGGUACGGGGAAUCGGGCACAGGUGCCGCUGGUGAUUAAGAUGAUCGAUGUUAACGAUGAGACACCGACAUUCGAGAAGAAUGUGUACGAGUUCAUUUUGGCAGCUGAUUUGCAGAGUUUUACCUCGCCAGCGUAUAUUAAGGCGGUGGACAAGGAUGCGACUGCACCGAACAACGAGGUGCGCUACGAGAUUAUUAAUGGGAAUUAUGACAAUAAAUUCUCGCUUAACAAAGUCACUGGUGAGCUGACAGUGCAGGAGAAGAUCUUUAUGCGAUCGAAGAAGGAGGCGAUUAGGAGAAGGCGAAGGCAGGUCACGCCAUCACCUCUUGAGAGCGACAUGUUCGUUUUGACAGCGCGGGCAUAUGAUUUAGGUGUACCGGUAAGGUUCUCAACGGCUACCAUUAGAAUUUAUCCGCCGGAGAGUCGGACGAGGACAGUGACCUUUGUGGUGCCAGGGUAUAAUCCUGACAAGCAGAAAACCGCUGAUACAUUGUCGACUAUUACCGGUGGCCGAGUGAUAAUUCAUGAUAUUCGGCCAAUGCAGCCUGAUGAACCGGGGGCAAAGAAUUUGAAAGGAGACAUUAAGGAAAGGAGUGUGGUGACGGCAACGGUUCUGUAUGAGGGAGCAUCGGUUGUUGAUAUUUCACAAAUUCAGCAAAGAUUGUCACAGCAUAAUGGAUCGUAUGCGAUAAUGACGAAGGAGGAGGUGGAUAGUGAUGCAUUGUAUAAGGCUGAAAAUAAGUUGCUUUUCUGGCUACUGAUUUUACUUGCCACAUUAGUGGCAUUGACGAUACUUAUUCUGUUAUUAUGUUGCAUAUGUUCGUGGUGUCCGCUUUAUGGCGCUGCAAGCAAGAGAAUAGUUAAUAUCAGUAGAACUGAAGACGAUGUUCAUCUAGUUCAUAGGGAAAUCGCAAAUGGAAAGCAAACAAAAUCUGUUCAGGUCGCCGAAUGGAUGGGAAGAAGAGAGGCGUGGUCGGCAGAGAAAUCAUCCGAUACACGAACGAAACCUACCCGUUGGGAGUUCCACAAUGGACAUGGUGAACAGCCUGACGAAAGCUUAGAUCGACCUCGGCGUGCUGCUGAUAACGAAGGUGGCGUAAAUAAUCAAGAAGAACGUCAAAAUCGUAGAAUUAAAUCAGCCGAAGAACAGCAACGUAGAGUUAGAAUCAAGAACACUCAAACAGCCAAAGACGAUACUCACUUAAGUAGUUUCCAUAAUAAUUCUAGAACUAAUUUAGUAAACAACGAACGCGAAGUAUACAUAGAGGAUAUAAUUGACGAAGAACAGGACAUUGGAACACAAUCAUUUCGAAAUCGAAACAGGCAGCGCAGAGCAGCUCAACAGCAACAAAUUGACGAUGAUUCAAUGAGACGACACGAAAUCGAUCGAGGCAGUGACUUGGAGUACAAUGGGGCAGCUCGUGGAAGCUUGAAAGCUAAGAGGGAAUAUUUUAUCAAGGAUGGAAAUGUUGAAAUUCUGCAACUUAUGACUCGGGAUAAGCAAGGUGAUGAAGAAGAUAAUAUCUAUGUGAAUCUUCCUCUCAAAGCUACCACUAAUCUAUCACAUCCACAACUUUUGAUGGUUGACCAAAGUGGCAAGGAGAUUUUGAUGAGGCGGUUUAUCGAAGAACAGCCUGAUGGCAAGCAAAUCAUUCGGGAACACUAUCAAAUUGUUCCCGGGGGAGCCAACUACAUACAGACAAUGCCAAAUGAGGUUCAACACUCGACUUAUAAAGACACCUUUCCUUCGGGUAAAAGCGGUCCCAAUAGCAUUGUCUAUUCCCAAGCUGAACCCGAGGUCAAGAUAAUCCAUACCCAACCGAUGCAAGAAGGAGCUGGAUUGGGCGAAACUACUACCCAAAUGCAACCAGCUAUUUCGAAUCAGUCUCUGACCCAAGAGCUUGAGAACUCUCUGAAGCAGCAAAAUGCUCUACUCCGUCAGAUUCUGAUGGAGAAAGAGAAAAUUGAGCUGCAAUACACUCAACAAGAUGUGGCUUUAGAAACCCAAAGCCUACCUGGUCAAUCAAUGGCUAUUGCUACCCAAACCGAUUGUGACGCAGGGACUCAAACGGAGGCCGAUAUGGUUGUCAGCACAUCGUCGGUCAAGCGACAAAGACGGGCGAGAAGUGAGAAUGACGACUCAAUGUCGGAAGAUGAAUAUGAAUACGUUCGUUUUAGCCCACCAAACAGUCCCGAAGGUGUCUACUGGAUCAAGCGAAAAAGGCAGAAGAAACGCUCCAAACAGAGACCGGGAACUCAGUCCCGAAAAAGAGUUGUAAUGGUUGAGGAUGUCAAGAGGAAAAUUCGAACCCCUAUCAAAGAAGAAGAUGAUGAUGACUAUUACGAGUAUCGAAAACGGUCUCCUCCGAAGAAGCCAAUUCGGUAUCAUGGAGAGACUAAGGCUAGCUUAUUACGUCGCAUGAAGAGCGAAGAGAACCGAAAAAUGGAGUUGAAGAAGUCAGCUUCUCUCAACCGGGAAGUCCUCAUGGAGAUUUCGGACUCUCUCGAUGAGAAAGGCAGUCCGGAUGAACAUAUUCGAGUUGAGGCUAUGGAAUAUUAUGAAAAUUCCGAUGAAGACUCUGAUGCCGAUGAGAUUGUUAUCAAAAGUAACGCGCUUCCUUCGACCUCUGGUCACAAACCAGAAUCAGCUCAUUUCGAGAUUCACGUUUCAGAUGGAAGCAAUAACAAAGUCUAUUCACGAUCUUCCUCAGAGCAGAGAAAUCACAUAGAAGAACGAAGGGUCAGAAGUCCGGAUCCCAAGCCUAGACUUUCUCGCAAAGAUAACGUCAUUCAACGAAGUUCUCAAAGACGAACCCAAACAGCAUCAGAACCUCCUCAAAAUCGAGUCAUAACAUCGACUUCAACAAAGGGUACAAAAAUUACAACAAGUGACGUUCGAAGUUCGAAACGAAUCAAAGAACGGGACUUUCAAAGUGACACCAAUCUUCUAGAUCAAGAUGAUGGCCAUGACGAUCAUAGUUCUUCCAAGGGCGGUCCAAAAUACAUGGACUGGUAUUAUAGUAAAAAGAAGCCCGACACCAAACCUACAAAGACCAAACCUAGUACAAAAAAACUGAUAUCCGGUUCGGAGAAACGAAUCACAAAAAUCCGCCUUCCAAAAUCUGAUGAUAGUCAUCCGCCCACCACAACUUCAACGACACCAGUGCCACCAAGUGAUGAGGUGAAGUAUAAGCCUGAGCCAGCACCUAGAAAAACCCCGCCGAAAGGAGCUCGUAUGCUUAAAGAAGAUGUCAUCAUGAACAAGAACCAUAAACCGAAGAUCGAAACCGAUACAAAUCAUCCGUUGUUGCAACAUUCCGAGCAUCGGUAUGAACAUGAGUAUGAUAAUACCUCGGAGUUGCCUCUAGCUCCAACAAAACUGCCACAUUAUAUGUAUCCCGAGACACCGCCACAACCAAAAAAUCAAACCAAGUCGAAGGAUUUGAGACCGAAGCCUUCGCCGAUUAAGGAGAAUGAAAUCAAGGUUACCAAUUCGAAGAUUUACAUUCAGGAUUCUUCGGCACAGUCAAAGCAGUUGAAUGUUUCGACGCUGGAAGAUGAUCAUGACUCGGGAAUAGCUAUGAAUUCCUUGUUGAAUAGCAUGGGUCGAAGGAAUCCGAUUGCUGAGAAGAAGAGUGUCUUCUCGAUUGCCUAUGAUGAUGUUAGUAGGGUGCAGAAAAUUCAGUCCGGAAGUGAUUCGCCGCAAUAUUCAUAACAUCAGGCGAAUGAGUAAGUCGUUCUGGGAUGUUAAGCCUUGACUUGAGGUGUAAAAUGUAUGAAUCUAGUCUCAAGGCUUUAGUUUUUUGCUGUUGAAAAAAAACUCUGACGUCACAGUAUUCAGGCUUCGUUAAAAAAUUUAUUUCGUUGUUCCUUUGUCCUAUUUUAAUUUUUUUGUUUUAGACUUAAAAAAAUCGUUGUGAUAGUUGAAUAAUGCUUUAAAAGCAUUAAAUUCUUUGUAUUUUUUAAUUCUGUAAAUAAAUUUAUAUUUAAAAAUGUAAAUAACAAUUUAAUUUAAAAUUUAAGGACCUAACAAUUGUAUAAAAAAGAAAACUUUUAUAAAUCCAUUUCCUACAGCAAACUGAACUUUUAGACAUUAAGUUGAUUUAUAUAUAAAACAAAUUAAAAAAUAAAAGUGAAAUGUAUCAUUUACACUUCUUGUAAACAUUAAAAUUUUUUAAAAAUACACACACAACUAUAAA